AUGAUGACCGUAUCUUUGAUCUGGGGGAUUGUGGUAGCAGUGUGCUGUUGUUUGUGGCUUAUUCUUGGAAUGAGGAGAAGACAGAUGGGUGAACCACCUCUGGAGAAUGGGUUGAUUCCGUACCUGGGAUGUGCUCUGCAAUUUGGGGCGAAUCCUCUUGAGUUCCUGAGAGCAAUUCAAAAGAAACAUGGUCCGGUUUUCACCUGCAGAUUGAUGGGAAACUAUGUCCACUUUCUCACGAAUCCCUUGUCAUACCAGAAAGUGUUGUGCCAUGGAAAAUACUUGGAUUGGAAAAAGUUCCACUUCACUACUUCUGCAAAGGUAUUUGGGCACAGAAGCAUUGACCCAAGUGACGGAAAUACCACUGAAAACAUAAACAAAACUUUCAUCAAAACCCUGCAGGGCGAUGCCUUGAAUUCCCUCACAGAAGCCAUGAUGGAGAACCUCCAACUUGUCAUGAGACGUCCACUGGUAGCUAAAUCAAACACGCCUGCCUGGGUGACAGAAGGGAUGUAUUCCUUCUGCUACCGAGUGAUGUUUGAAGCUGGGUAUUUAACCCUCUUUGGCAAAGAUCUUACAGGGCAAGAUGCACAAAAAGCACUUAUUCUAAAUAACCUUGACCACUUCAAGCAGUUUGACAAAAUCUUUCCGGCUCUGGUAGCAGGCCUCCCCAUUCAUGUGUUCAAGACCGCUCACCAUGCUCGGGAAAAACUGGCAGAGGGCUUGCGACACGAGAACCUCGGAAAGAGAGACCACAUCUCAGAACUGGUCAGGUUUCUGAAUGAUAUGCUUUACACCUUAGAUGACAUGGAGAAGGCCAAGACACACCUCGCUGUCCUCUGGGCAUCACAAGCAAACACCAUUCCGGCGACUUUCUGGAGCUUAUUUCAAAUGAUUAGGAGCCCUGAAGCACUGAAAGCAGCCACUGAAGAAGUGAAAAGGACCCUAGAGAAUGCUGGCCAAAAAAUCAGCUUUGAAGGCAGUCCUAUUUGUCUGAAUCAAAGGCAACUGAAUGAGACACCAGUGCUAGAUAGUAUCAUCAAGGAGUCUCUGAGGCUUUCCAGUGCCUCCCUGAACAUCCGGACGGCUAAAGAGGAUUUCACUUUGCACCUCCAGGACGGUUCCUAUAACAUCCGCAAAGAUGACAUCAUAGCUCUUUAUCCGCAGUUGAUGCAUUUAGAUCCAGAAAUCUACCCAGACCCUUUGACUUUUAAAUAUGAUCGAUAUCUUGAUGAAAAUGGGAAGACGAAGACCACCUUCUACAGCAACGGAAUCAAGUUGAAGUAUUACUACAUGCCCUUUGGGUCAGGAGCGACCAUAUGUCCGGGAAGACUAUUUGCUGUGCAGGAAAUCAAACAGUUUUUGAUUCUGAUGCUUUCCUAUUUUGAACUAGAGCUUGUGGACAGUCAUGUUAAAUGUCCCCCUCUGGACCAGUCCCGCGCAGGCUUGGGCGUUUUGCCGCCACUAAAUGAUAUCGAGUUUAAGUAUAAAUUCAAACAUUUGUGA